UACAUCUCUCUCCAUUUUCAUUGUUUCCAUAUCCCUCUCCCUCAUAUAUAUAUAUAUAUAUAUAUAUAUAUAUAUAUAUAUAUAUAUAUAUAUAUAUAUAUAUCUGAAGUUCCAUUCUUCAGCCAUGGCAACCACAAAGCCUCAUGCAGCCCUACUCGCCAGCCCCGGCAUGGGCCACCUCAUCCCCGUCAUUGAGCUCGCCAACCGCCUCUUCACCCACCACAACUUCGAUGUCACCGUCUUCACCAUCUCAACCGGGACAUCACCAGCAACACAAUCCCAGCACCUCACUUCCAAUCUCUUCAAUGUCGUUACGCUCCCACCCGUCGAUAUCUCAGGCUCAGUGGACCCCAACGCUGACAUUUUCAUCCAACUCCUAGCCCUGAUGCGCCAAUCAAUACCCAACAUCCGGUCCGCAAUCAACUCCAUGAAGUCCCGUCCCGCCGUCCUCGUCGUCGACUUCUUCAGCACGGCAUCUCUGGCCAUCGCCGAUGAGUUCGGGAUGCUGAAGUACGUCUACAUGCCCACCGCAGCAUUGUUUGUGGCCUUGACACUGUACGCUCCUACCAUGAACAAAAAUUUUGAAAGUGAGUUUGGUAGUGAAAAUGAACUGUUGACAAUUCCGGGUUGUCGGCCGGUCCGAUUCGAUGACCUUGUCAAUGCGGUUCAAGACCGGACCAAUCAGAUUUUUGAUGAUUAUGCCCGUGUUGGGGUUGAGAUGUCGACGGCUGAUGGAGUUUUAGUGAACACGUGGCAGGAUCUGGAUGCCACUACAAUUGGGGCCCUCAGAAAUCAUAAAGUCUUAAGAGAAAACAUUAAGGUACCGGUUUACCCAGUGGGCCCAUUGACCAGACGGGUUAAAUCUUCUGAUUCGAAGAGUGGUGUAUUGGGCUGGCUAGACAUGCAAAGCAGGGGAUCUGUUCUUUAUGUCUCGUUUGGUAGUGGUGGGACCUUGUCAAGCCAGCAAAUGACUGAGCUGGCUUGGGGGUUGGAGCUGAGCCACCAGAGAUUUGUUUGGGUGGUACGCCCACCCAUGGAGCACGGUGUGCUUGAUUAUCUUAACGCAAUAACGAACGGCUAUGAUGGGUCCUUAGAUUUUCUGCCCAAUGGAUUUUUAGCCCGAACUAAGGAUGUGGGCUUGGUGGUCCCGAUGUGGGCCCAACAGGCCGAGAUCUUAGCCCAUACAUCGGUGGGAGGAUUUGUAUCACAUUGUGGGUGGAAUUCAACUCUAGAGAGCAUUGUGAAUGGAGUUCCACUGAUUGCAUGGCCACUGUUCGCAGACCAGAGUAUGAAUGCUGCUUUUCUGACAGAAGAGGUCGGGGUGGCGUACCGGCCAAAAGUAUCGCCAUCCAAGGGAGUGGUGAUGAGGGAGGAGAUAGAGAAGAUGGUGAGGUUGAUUAUGGAGGACAAUGGAAUGAACUCUAAAAGAGCUAAAGCCAAGGAACUUGAAAAAAGUGCAGUGCAAGCUUUGAGCAAAGGGGGGUCCUCCUACAAUUCACUAUCUCAAGUGGCCAACAAUUGCCAAAUGAAAUUAAAUGAAAUGAACAUGUAAAUUGCCGUGACUGAAAGCAAGGGCUUAGUUUUUCAGUUAGUAUAUGUAUGACAUAUAUUUUACGUUUUGCUACCUUGAAUAAAUUCAGUGUGUUUGAAGCUAUUUGGAAUUAAAAA